CCACAAGAGUACGCAUCGUGUGUUUGUUGUUUUGACGUUUCAUUGCUGUCUAAUUAUUUCCAAUAAUAUUACUCGUAUCGCUCGUAUCUCUAUUUUGUUUACAUAGUAAUAUUAUUUACUGAAAUUUCUACAGUGCUAGUCUAAUGGACCCAAUGUCUACGAAAAGAAGUUUACCGAGCGAAGCACAUGGAAGUGCCAAAAUUCCAAAGACAGAGGAAGCAUUCGAAUUUCCGAAAGAACCAACGUUGUACUCGGAUGAUGUUGCUGUUGAAAAAAAUUUGUUUGAGUUGCGAAGAAGCUUCAUUCCGUUUAGAACUGCGGGUCCUGGACAACUUUUGAUAACAAAUGAACUGCUGACUUUCCUGUAUGAAAAGAGAGAAAAUGAUCCAGACGGUAAAGUGGAGUGUGGGAUAAUUGUAUUUCCGGUACCAGAUUUUGAGGAUGUUGUUACUGAUCCAAUCGACCGUGUCGCAGAAACUCAAGAGUAUUGGAAAAACGAAAUCGGAUCAUUCAUUUCUGCAUUAAGAGAAACCGGUGAAACUGUUGGUUACAUUGUCAGUCCAUUUUGGUACAAAAAAUUUAAUUGGAAUUCGUUGUACACAAUUUGCACACGGUCAUCGAUUAAAUACGACAUAUAUGUUCAUCUAUGCCAUGAUGAAGAAUACGAAUGGCAUCUAGAUUCUGGAUCCCCGCGUUUUCAUGCAACGAACCAUGCGUCCCCCCAAUCGAUACAGUUGAACGAACUGAAAAUUUCUGAAAAUUGGAUCCAGUCUGAUGGUGAAAACAAUACAUCUGUCUGGGUGGUUGACUCUGAACUGGCAUACAAUCAUCUUCGAGAUUAACAAAGUACAACGGAACUAUUACGAGUACUCCAGCGAUGAGACAGAAUUCGAAAAUUCAAGAAUUGAAUUAUUAUAUCAAGACAACACCACCGGGAUAUUCAAACAUGGAACAGUAAUGUGCAAAGUCGUGAGGAAAGCAUCAUCCAAUCGGACAGCUAUUCAUUUCGUUAAAUCCGAAAAAAUUGGAAGGAAUCAUUGCAAAGAUAUGCGCGAUAUUUUGAAAUGUUAACUUUUAGGGCUGAUGAAACACAUGACAUCCCUCUCUACCUCCAGCAUCGUAUACUCCAUAAGAAGGGGUUUAUUUUCUGUUGCAGUGCUGGUAACAUUAAGUGUUCAGAAUACGCAAGACAAUCUGCCAUCCCGGAGGAACCACUUUCAUUUUUUACCAACUGCCAACAUUGCAUUGUAGUCGGAUCAUAUGCAAUAAAUGAAUCAAAAGAGGCCUGUCUUCCAUCCACGUUCGGAAGUGCUGGUUGCUGUUUUCCAGAUAAAGGAGAAGCAGACAAAAAUUUUAACCAGGGUGUAACAAUUUGGGUACUGGGAGAUAAUAUCGAAAUUCCAAAACUCAUGCAUCAAAAGAGCAACCAAGUAGUUCGAGGAACAUCCGUGUCAACAGCUGUGGUAGCUGGAGCCGCUACUUUAAUUUUACCUAAAUUGAUACCGUUAAUUGACCGAUUGAAGAGGGACACAACAUUUUACUCACUAAAGUUCAAGACUUUCUUGGACAACAAUUCGGAUUCAUUCAAAUGUCCACGGCAUGAAAUCGACCGAAAGUUAAUUUUUAAUUUAGACUACUGCCUGAAUACUUUGGGCUACGAUAACAAACGCUAGUUCUCUACUAAGCUAAGACGAAUUUGUAAUGAAUUAAAUGUUGGAUUUCCAUCAAGGGAACAUCAUUUUGGUUCA